UGUCUGAAUGUUUACAAUUUUAAAACACAGUAAUGGUGUGUAAGUAUUUGAGUUUUAAAAUAAUGCACAAUAUGAAAAGAUAAUUUUUUAGUGUAAAAAUAAAUUCAGUAAUUCUUAAAAUAUAAAACGGUAUGAAUGAUGAUUUAUUUCUGGAGCCGAAAAAUUUCACGAUAAGAAUAAGUGGAGAAUAAGGCUGUUUUACACAGUCGCUGGAAGUAUUGCUAGGACGUUGACGUGGAUUGUGUUUUGUGGACGAACUGAAGUGAGUCGGUGACUUUAUUAACUUUGUCGCUGAUUAAAGCUGAUAAAAAAAGUAAAUAAAAUUUUGACAGGAUGGGGAACACAAGUAAGAAACUGGCAGCUAAGUGCACACUACUGACCAAAGAGGAACAGAAGUAUGUAGCGGCUACAUUCAGAGCGGCCAGCAAGAACUCGGAACGGAUACGGGAGGACGAUCUCAUCGUGAGUGGAAAAGUAGACGCAGUGUUGCUGGAAAAAUUCUGGGGUCCACAAAUAGAUCCCAGAUUAGCGCAGUAUCUAACCAACUUUUUGUUCGGUUCUGGCCAACAAAAGACUGCUACAGUCGACUUCAAUAGAUUUGCAGAACUCUACGUGUAUAAUGUAAGAGGAACUGUUGAUGAAAGAAUGAUGGUGACAUACAACUGUCUGGGCAUGGACUACAAUGAAGAAGUGGAACUACCCUACCAGCUACUAAAAGAGUAUUGUGAAAGUAUAGCAUCAACUUACAUAAAGAUGGUGAAAUCAUCAUCAUCAAAACGGGUACGUGUUUGGAUGGAGAAAGGGUUUAGGGCGAGUGCAUCACACGUCCAGGCUCUAGGUGAGGCUGUGACCGCGACUAUCGGAGACUUGGAGUCACCACAGCAUCAUUGUACGGCAGCUCAGCUAUCUAAAUGGUUGCAAUCAAAUAUCUUAUUAAAACAACUAGCGGAAUUGGUUUAUGUAAAUUUGUACGGUAUCAACAAACGUGGAGGAGAUGAGAGUCCUACUCCAAUGCCUCCUGCAGCGCCCUCUUUACUGCCUAUACCUGAUGGUCUGGACGCAAUGCCUGACUACCCUGCUUUCAUCGAUUUAUCCCAUAUCGUAUGGAUCAACAGUCAUCUCCCGCAGAAGUACCAACGCAAAUGGCGGUUUCUCUUCUCUUCUCAUAUACACGGAGAGUCAUUCUCUACUAUGGCAGGUCGUAUAAUAGAGCAAGGUCCAUCAGUGCUGAUAAUUGAAGACAGCAGCGGGCACAUAUUCGGGGGGUUCGCGGCUUGCGCCUGGACAUUCGGUCCCAACUUCACCGGCACUGAUGAGUCGUUCCUCUUCACAGCCGCCCCCAAGAUGCGCGUCUAUCCUGCAACUAAUUACAACGACCAUUAUCAAUAUAUUAAUCAUCAUACAAAGACCUUGCCUAAUGGUUUGUUAAUGGGUGGUCAAUUCCACUUUGGGGGUAUCUGGGUGAACGCGGAUCCGUUCGGUGAGGGGUCCUCGGCGGAGUCUUGCAGUACUUUUAGGGGGUACCGGCGUCUCAGCAAGGACCCCACAUUCCAUAUACGUAGUCUGGAGGUCUGGGGGGUCGGAGAUAAACCACUCACAGAAAAGGAACAGGAGGAGCGUGAUGUGAGCGUACUGGACACGAACCCCGAGGCAAAGGCGAUACUGGACAUGGCGGGACGCACGCGACACAGCGAGGGUAUACGUGAGCCUCCGCCGUUAUAAACAUAAUCAUCUAUAUUCCUAUCGGAGAUCUCCAAGUGUUUACCAUCUGGUACAAGUCAUUUUUAAAUUUUUCGUCAUCCUUAGUUAUAAUUGUAGAUAUAAAUAUGAUAUUUAUUCGCAUCUAAUUAUUUAUGCUUUUUAGUUAUUUUGACCAAAUCUUAUGUUGAUAAAACAUAACUAGAUAAUGGGGAGAAAAACUGAAAGUUCUAUGUAGGUGGCGCUAGCGUCAAGUAGGCUGACAUCUGUCAUCUGUCAAAAUGUUUAUACGUCAUUGUAGCGAUUUGAAAAAACUGUAUUUCUUUUCAUUUUUAAGGUUCCGUACCUCCGAAGGAAAUGGUACCUUUAUAGGAUCACUUUGUUGUCCGUCU